AUGUCCGAGACGAGGAGAAGAGAGCCGCAUUUACUGUGUUUUUUUCUUGAAACUUAUAUACAUGUGUAUACAGUUGUUGGUACCGCGUUGAGUCGUGCUGACAAAACUGGUCUAGUCAAGCUGGACUUGACAGAUAGUCAAGCUGUCGAGACAUUCAUCCAAGAUCAUAAUCCUGAUGUUGUCGUACACUGCGCUGCUGAGCGCCGUCCUGACGUUGCCGAAAAGGAUCACGAAGGAACAUUAAAGUUGAACGUUCAAGUACCACGUACAUUGGCAACGUUAUGCAAAGCGCGAAAUGCCAUGCUUGUGUACAUCAGCACCGAUUAUGUAUUCGACGGAACAAGCCCACCCUACCAAGUGGAUGACAAGCCAAACCCACUCAACUUUUACGGGAAAUCCAAGCUGGGUGGUGAAGAAGCCGUUCGUGAAGUGGAUCCUCAGGCAGUUAUCCUACGUGUGCCCGUGCUUUAUGGCGUGACCGAAUACAACGGAGAGUCAGCUGUCAAUAUUUUGUUGGAUGUAAUCAAGAAUCGAAGCAAAGAAUGUGACAUGGACAACUUUGGUUUGCGCUAUCCUACUCAUGUGGAGGACAUUGCUCGAGUUAUUAAAGACAUGAGCGUAAAGCGCAUCCAGCAAGGUGACUCGAACAUUUCAGGAACAUUUCACUAUAGUGGCGAAGAAAUGUAUACCAAAUACACAAUGUGUGAAACCUUUGCCAAGAUUUUGAAUUCUUCCAUUGAUCAUAUUCGCCCACAGAAUGAGAUCUCCAGCUCGGCUGCUACCUCCAGACCAAAAGAUGCGCAUUUAUCCAACGAUCGUUUGAAACAAGUUGGUAUCGAUACCAAGCAUGUACCUUUCGAACAAUGGUGGACUACCUAUUUGACGUCGGCAUAA